GUUAGAAGAACAGGAAGUUUGGAAUGGCUGCAUCUAGGGGUGGGUGGGUUUGUAGAGAGACCAGACCAAUUGGUGAGUAUGGGAGGCAGAUAGCUUGGGGACUGGUGAGCCAUUUUAUAGAGUUUGGAUUUUAUACUGAGGCCAGUGAGAAGCAUUUAGAGGGUUUGGGGAGUUAAGGUUGGGAGGCUGGUGAGGAGGGAGAUGGGGAGGGAGGAGGAUGGAGAGAGGGGAGGGGAGGAGAGAGAGGGUCUAGGCUAGGGCCCUGGCAGCAGAGAUGGAGGGAAGGGAUGAACACUAGGAGCAGUUUAGGGUGAAAGAUAGCAGGCCUAAUGACACUGGAUGAGGAGUGAGAGUGAAGGAGGACCUCAGGGUUUCAGCUUUUGUCAGCUGGAUGGAGGGUGGGGUUGCCUGCUGAGAUGGGGGCCCUCAAUCUCCAGAACAACUCUCUGCCCACCUGAGUCCCGGAUCAAACCCUUUGCUCACGGCAUGCUUCAGGAAUCCCCUAGCUGAACCAUCCCUGUCCAUCCAAUCUGGCCUGCAGUGGCCCAGGCCUGCAGGAGGCUAUGCUGAUUUGGGGCACUAGGGACCAGGGGGCCCAAGAGGUGCCUCUGGGGAAACAGACUUAAGUGCUCACUGUGAAGUUAAAGCAGAGGGGGUUGACCCCCUGUCCUGUGUCCUAGUGGAUAGAUGGAGAGAGGGGGCAAAGGAGGACAGAGGGAAGAGUUCCAGACUGAGUUCCAGAAGACCUGGGUCAGUGCUCUUACUUUCUGCUUAUAUGAUGCUGGGCAAGUCACUUAACUCCCUGAAAGGCACUGUCCCCACCUGGACAUGAGCAAUGAAAGCUGCUACCAGCGUUGUGAGAAUUGAAUGACCUCUUUGGUGUAUGUGUGUGUGUGUGCACGCCCGCUGGAGGGUGGGGGUGGGGGAGCAUAGAACCAGGAGUAGGGAGGCAGCCACGUGUCCGGGGCCAUUUAUAAUUUAUAGGUCCUGCCUGGUAGAACCAGGGCUGCUGGUGAGCUGAGGAGAGGCUCUUCCAAGAUAGUCUGGGACAGUGGCCAAGUAGAUGUCUAAGACGCUGGGCCUCAGGGAUUUGGGACCCGCCUGCCCUGGGCUCCUGCCAGCCAAGACCCUGUCCCACUCCGAAGAGGUGGGGGUGUGGAGAUUAACCAGAAAGGCUAAUGUUUCUUCCUGCCCUCACGGAAAGGCAGAUUUGGGGCAUUUGAGCCCACACCGAGACCAGAACCCACCUUCUCAGACCUUCCCAGAGAGUUGCCUGUGGGGAUUCUUCUCAGAGAUUAGUCCCCACUUGGAGACAGCGCUCCCUGAGGCGCCAGGGCGGAGCUGAGCUCCAGAUGUCCCGGCGCGCACAGCUGGAGGGUCACGUGGCAGCGGCCCCGGCCCCCCUUCCUGCCAACGCUGCAUUUGGCCCAGGCCCGGUUCAUGGCUGCCCUUGGGACCCUGCGCUGAGCCCCGGAGCCCUGGCGUCCGGGGCCGCGCCGCUCCCAAGGGACGAGAGGGGCGGGGGCGUGAGCCACGCGGACAUGAGGCGGAGGCUGCGCCUACGCGGGGACGCGUCGAUCACGCUUCUCCUUGGCACCGCCCUCGGCCUCCUGCUCUAUACACAGCGCGAGGGCGCGACCCCGACGACCAACGCACCCCGAGCGCAAGGGAAGGUAGAGGCAGCGCCUACUCCGGGACUCCGAGUCUUCCAGGCACGGGACGCGGACGCAGCCCCAGCCCCAGCCCCUCUGGUCUACGAAGGGGACACACCGGAGCCGCCCACACCCACGGGACCCUUUGACUUUGGCCGCUACCUACGCGCCAAGGACCAGCGGCGCUUCCCCUUGCUCAUUAAUCAGCCGCACAAAUGCCGAGGAGAUGGCGCACCUGAAGGUGGACCCGACUUGCUCAUCGCCGUCAAGUCCGUGGCGGCGGACUUCGAGCGGCGCCAGGCCGUGCGCCAGACGUGGGGUGCUGAGGGCCGUGUGCAGGGGGCGCUCGUGCGCCGCGUGUUCUUGCUGGGCGUGCCCAGGAGCACGGGCACUGACAGGGCAGACGCCGAGGGAGAAGGCACGCGAACCCACUGGCCAGCCCUGCUGCGUGCCGAAAGCCGUGCAUACGCGGACAUCUUGCUCUGGGCUUUUGACGACACUUUCUUCAACCUAACGCUCAAGGAGAUCCACUUUCUGGCCUGGGCCUCGGCCUACUGUCCCGAGGUGCGCUUCGUUUUUAAGGGCGACGCAGAUGUGUUUGUGCACGUGGGAAACCUGCUGGAGUUCCUGGCGCCGCGGGACCCGGCGCAGGACCUGCUUGCGGGUGACGUGAUUGUGCAGGCUCGGCCAAUCCGCGCGCGGGCUAGCAAAUACUACAUCCCAGAGGCUGUGUAUGGCUUGCCAGCCUACCCGGCCUACGCGGGUGGUGGUGGCUUUGUGCUUUCAGGGGUUACGCUGCGUCGCCUGGCCGGCGCCUGUGCACAAGUUGAGCUUUUCCCCAUUGACGACGUCUUUCUGGGCAUGUGUCUACAGCGCCUUCGGCUCACACCGGAACCUCACCCUGCUUUCCGCACUUUUGGCAUCCCUCGUCCUUCAGCCGCGCCGCACCUGCGCACCUUUGACCCCUGCUUUUACCGGGAGCUAGUUGUAGUGCACGGGCUCUCGGCGGCCGACAUCUGGCUUAUGUGGCGCCUGCUGAACGGGCCCCAUGGCCCAGCCUGUGCGCGUCCUUGGCCUGCCGCUGCUGGCUCUUUCCGGUGGGACUCCUAGGUAACUUCAUGGCCCCAAGAUCCCCUUCAUUCAGACCCAGGAUAAUUAUUGCCGUGUAUGUAAUUCUCUCCCAGAGGCUGAAGAGUUCAAACUCUAGCCCCAUUUCAUCAGGAAUUGGCCUCCACAGGGCCCCAAGGAACUAAGAUUGUGCUUGGCUCCUGCUGGCCUGGAACCAUUCGAACAGUAGUCCUUUGAGACAGCCUAGGCUGAGGCCAUAGAGCACCAGGCUCUGCCAAAGAGGGACAUGUUUGGUCCUCCUACUACCAAAUAGGUUUUGGGGAGCUGGGAUGGGUGGUGGUAAGAGGCUCAUGUAAUCUGACCCUAGUCCUUGGUUUGGAGGCCCUAGAAUGCUGCAGAUGCAGUUUGUUUUUUUUUCUCCAAGGCUAGAGGAGGUGUGGGGGCCUGGCCUCGGUCCUCCAGGCAGGCAUUUGGCUUCCCACCUGCACCUCCAAAUCAGAUUUUCAGCCCUGGGCAGAUCUUUAAAUCUUCUGAGGUCUUUCCUGAAGCCAACCCCUCCUGGGUCCUGGUCUGGCUGGAACACCAGGGAAAGAGGCACACAGGGACAGCUGAGUGCAUGGUCCCACCUAGAGUCUCCCCACUGCAGAACUUUCACCCAUACAACAAUGCCAGUCUCCUACUAGAGGCUAUGCUGCCCCACUCAGAGGAGCCAAAGAACCCAAGAUAAAGCUACCACCAUAAAACUACCCAUAUUCUUCAACCACCCAGUUUCUCAAAAAUCAACACCCCCAUGUUUAUUUUAGUACAAACAUCUCAGCAACAGCACGUGGUAAGCUGCUGCUGAGGGCAUAGGCCUUUAUUGGAGGGGUAUGGGCAGGGCAUGAGGAAGGUUCCCCUAUUCUAGGAGGAUGGGAAUAGUCCUGGCUGCCCCAACAGUGGGAUGUAAUGUGGGCUGGGGGGAGGGGGGUCCUCCAGCCAGGCCACAGUCCAAAUAGGAAGACACCAGUCAGUCACAAAGUUAUGGGAGCGCCACACAAACCUGGCUGUAACCCAGGAACCACUUAGGAGCCUGGGGCAGGUCCCCUGCACAUUCAUUGUUAAACUCUACAGGAUGAGGCUGUACAUGAGUUAAUUACAAAAGAGUCAUAUUUACAAAAAUAUGUACACAUUUGAAAAACUCACAAAAUUGUCAUCUAUGUAUCACAAGUUGCUAGACCAAAAUAUUAAAAAUGGGUAAAAUUA